AUGGCAAGAAUCAUUUUGGUUCUGUCUUCAUUUUUAGCGUUCUAUGCCAUUAGUAGACUAGUUUCUGGUUAUAGUGAAUAUGGCUGCUACAGCAAUACUCCUAGUCAAGAUUUCUUCUACAAAAACCCUGGAAAUUAUAACAUUUCAACGCUAACACCGAUCCUAUGUGCACAACUCUGUGCUAAGAUUAGUUGCCCGUAUGCAGCACUACAAGUUGUCGCAUCGCAACCUAUAUGCUAUUGCUCAUCAACAAUAAUGUUAGUGCCAAAAAGUCCAACAUAUAUCGGUCGAUGUACCGAUUUCUGCUUAGGAAACCAGAGUUUAUCGUGUGGUGGAAUCAAUUAUGCAACUAUGUACAGUACAGAUGGAUACCUUCGUCAAUUAGAAAUUGAUCAGCCCCUUCAAACUAAUAUCAUGACAGCAUCUAGUCUUACCUUUCAAUUCUCCAGCAUUUACUACGCUAAUCCUGGCCUAGCAGCUACUUUAAAGGCCGAUUAUGGUGAUGGCUGGAUUACUCCAUCUAUUACUCCAUUUUUACAAAUAAAUCAUCUUUACACCGGCAUUGGUCCAAUAAAAUUUACGGCUACAUUUCAUAAUAAUCUGACUCGUAAUCUACAAGCAGUAAGACAUUAUCAUCUUCAUGCGCCCGUUGUUAUUACCGAUACUCAAUGUCCAAUUGACGUUCGUAAAAAUCAACUCUUCUGGUGUAAAGCGAUAGUUUCUUCGGGCAAUGAGAUGAACGUUAUUGUGUCAUUUGGAGAUGGAAAUAGUAUUGAAUUUCCUAUUUUAGAUUGCAGGCAUACUUACCUUGGAGAAAUUGCAGCAGUUCAAACAGCACCAAUAUUAGGUAUACGAGAUGACCCUGAUGAAGCUACGCUGCUCUUUCCACAUUAUGUCAUUAAACGCAGUGGUUACAUCCAUCAUUGGGAAGGAAGUUUUAAACAAACCGGAAAGAUUCAAUUUCAGGUAUGGAGACCCAGUUGCCCUGAUGGAAUCUACUGUCAUCUUCUCGGCCGUUGCAUUUCUCGCUCUGAUCAUUGUCAGCCGCCCUUAUGUGAAAACUUUCAUCGCAACAUUAGCUAUUGCUUUUCCUCUGGAAACUGCUAUAAUCAAACCGAUUGUAAUGCCUCGAAUUAUUCCAAUCCAUUUGAUCUAUCCAUGGCUAUUCUUGUCGGCCAAACAGAAGGGUUCAUUUAUAACACUGGUCGAGCUGUUUUAAGUGAGCCACACAUCACUCCUCUUGCAGUUCAAGAAGGAGAUUUUAUUGGUAUCGCAUAUUCUGGCUCAGAUAGUGGAGAAAUUACAGUCGUUCAUGAUGAAUUUUCUACCACAGUCUACUUUAGUCCUAAUUCCCAAACGGAUAUUGGAUCAGCUUUUGAUUCUACCAAUGUCUCAUCUUAUCAAGAUCAUUACCUUAUUCGGGCUGUUGUCGUUGAACCAUCCAUUAUUGGACCUUUUACUUAUAAUUACUCGACCGCUGGAGUACAAACUAUUAAUAUCACUGCUUAUAACAGCAACAGUUCAUCGAUAUCGAUUGCUGAUAUUGAAGUUAAGGAAGACAUCGAAGGUGUAACUAUUCAAGUCUAUGAUAAUGCAACUCAUCAAGUAGGUAAUGGAUCGGAUCUAAACUAUUUUGCAGUUAACCAGACUUUAGCAAUUAUUAUUUCCACCGAAUAUGGUUCACCAACAAAUUACAGCUACAAUCUCGGGGCCCAAGGCACAGUCCUAUCUGUCUCUGGAAUAGAUACAGGCAACAAUAAUCAAACUUUAAAAGUUGAAAAUGAAACUACAGUACCUAGUACGACGAACAAAUCGUCGAUUGAAAUUAUUUACAUCUAUAAUGCAAGUGGAGUGGCUAAUAUAACAGUUAAUGCAUCAAACACUUAUAGCUGGGCCAUUGGUUCUAGUCAGCUAGUCUUAUAUUAUCCAAUACAAAUUUUAUUUGUUUACGCUCCUUCGUAUCGAAUUACGGUUGGGGAACCGUUAGAAGUUUUUGUUUUUCUUAAGCAAAUCGGAAACUCUUCUGCCAUUGUCUGGGAUCCUCAAGAUGGCACACCGGCUAUAACGAGAAAUGGGUCGGAGGCAGUCCUAGCUUCAACGGUUCCAAAAAUCGCCAACAAGUCUUCUAGAUUCGAAUUCCAACUCAAUUCUACCUAUGUCAUGAUUUUUAAUCAUAUCUAUUAUAAAGUAAAAUCCUACAAUUUACGGAUACAAGCUAUUAAUCUUGUCACAAAUUAUACUAUUUUCCAACGCGUUCGCGUUCGAAAAUGUUCUCCAUUAAGUGUUAGCUUUACUUUUAGCGGUGGAAGAACGAAAUCGAGACCAAAAGUCUUUUCCAUCAGUCGUUAUAUCCUACUUAGCAGUAAUUUAACUGUUAGAUGUAAUUUAACUGGUGGUGUCUAUUUCAAUUGGACUCUUACUCCUUAUAAAUUAAUUGACGGUGAUGCCAUAGAAAGUCCUCCACUGCAAUUUCCACCUACUAUUUUAACAAAUACAUCCAUUCUCAUCGUACCUAAUAGGAUAAUCUCUUCUGCCUACAAUUAUAAAAUAUACCUAAGGGUAACUUCUCAUAAUAAAUCAUUUACCGAUGAUGUCGGAGCCUAUCUUUCCUUUAGGAAUAAUCCUCUUGUUGCUCAUAUCAUUGGUGGCAACUACCGAACUGUUGGAUUCAACCAAAGUAUAAUUAUGGAUGCUAGUCGAUCAUGCGAUCCCGAUGAUGUCAAAAACAAUUAUGGCAAUAUAACUUAUUAUUGGACAUGUCAAAUCAUUAAUCAUCAAUCACAAUUAAGAACAACAGUUCACUCAUGUUUAAAUUUAACAAGCCAGCAAGCUCAGCAACCGAUCUUAUACAUACCUCCGUCAAUUCUUGUUAGUAAUUCCACUUAUUUAUUUCAAGUUAUCAUUAAAAAAGAUGUACGAGAAAGUGUAGGAGCCCAAUUAGUCUAUAUCACCUUGCAUGAUCCUCCUAACAUCGAAAUAAUAUGUAAGCGAAAUUGCAUGAACAAAGUUAAUCCAUCCGACUCAUUCAUUUUAGAAGGUCGAUGUAAAGGUCGAUGUGAUAAUUUAACUUAUUCUUGGUCUCUUCUCAAUACGACACUUAAAUGGAAUACUAUUUCAUCUACCGGCAAUAAUAAGGAAUAUAUUACCUUUCUUUCCAAUACUUUUCUCAACAAGACCGAAUAUACCAUUCAACUUGCUGUCAGCAGAUUAAAUGGCUCUGUUAGUUAUUCUUACUAUAAUAUUAGUAUUAACCCACCGCCGAAACCAGGCACUUGCCACGUUGAGCCAUCUGAUGGUAUAACAUUGAAAACUAUGUACUCUAUUCGAUGCUAUGAUUUUAGUGAUGAUGAUCAGCCUUUAAGUUACCAAUUUCGCAUACCAAGUGCAAGCACGGUGAAUAAUGAGAUGGAAGUUUACUAUAGUCCGGUGCCAAAGGUUUCACUAAUAUUACCAGCAGGCCAAGAAUCAAAUGGCUAUAAAUUACCUAUGGAAGUGAUCGCGACUGAUGGUUUGGGGGCUUCUGUUAAAAUUCCAAUUUUGAUAACGGUUCGUCCAUUUUCCAACUAUACGUCGGAAGAGGAAUUGUCGAUGGUAAAUAAUUUUACUAAGGGAAAUAUAUCAGUCUUACGCCAGUUUAUCGAUCAAGGGAAAUUACAAGAAGCCAACCUGGCUAUUGGAAUAUCAGCUUCAAUACUCAAUCGCUUAUCCAGUAAAGACUCACCUCUUACAUUUAUGAACAUUUUAGAUUCUACAGUGGGAUCAGAAGACGGACAAAAACGAACAAUAAUAAGAGCCCUUUUGGUCAACGAUGUUCUCACCAACAACAUGAUACAGACAUUGCCAUUAUUGAAGCAGACUGUAGAUGCUAUUUUACCAAUCACAGAAGUAAAACAAGAACUCGCUGAUAUGACUCAAGGAAUGAUCAGUACUUCACUUCAACAUAUGACAGCUAUUUUAAAUUUUGAAGGCCAAAAUGGAGCUGAUGAUGCAUUGCUAAAAUCAACAGCUAAAGGCAUUGUAAAGGUCGCAAAUAAUAUUAUUGCCGCCGCUAAGUACAUGCAGCAAAGUGCAGGAAUAAACCAACCCACUACAUCACCUACUGCAUCAAAAAUGUCCGAUAUAAUUAGCAGGUCGGUCUUGGCAAUUCAUAGUAGUUGUACGGUCAUGUUGAUGAACAAAGUUCCCGGUGAAAUUCCGUCUACCAUCACAUCAGAUGCCAUUAAUGUCACGUUAAGUCGGCAUACCUAUCAUGAGUUGCCACAAGAAAUUGGUGAACCUCAACUUAGCACUUUUAAACUACCUAAAGCAGAGUUUUUAAUUCCGAAUAUUGGCAACAUGAUUCAAUCUAACGGAGAUCCGAUCUUUGUUGAUUAUAGAUGGUCAACUCUCAAAAAUCCGUAUACCUACGUCUCUAGUUCUGCUAAUAUCGCCAAUGAUAUCAAUGGUUUAUCGUUAACAUUUGAUAAUGGUAGUGAAAUUUCAGUUAAGAAUCUUCAACAUCCUAUUAAUAUCCAAUUACCUCAAACCUACUCGGAUACUGAAGCAAUUGCGAACAGGACAAUUCAUCAAGCAACGCGAUUCUAUGUUCAAUGUAGCGCAUACCGUUGCCAAAAUCCCAAACACUAUUUCGAUAUCUUGUCCAUUAGCGACGUUCGAGGUUUUAUCAUCCAAACUGAUCAACCUCUUCAAGCAAUAGUCCAAUCGAUUACUUCAACUAACAUUACUCAUGUUAUUGCUAAUUAUUCCGUCCAUAAUAUUCACACGUCCAUAGCCUAUAACUUAAUCUCCAGUAAUUCAUUCCAGCCUGGUCGUUAUGUUCUAGAGUUACAAUAUCAAAUACCUCUACUUUAUGGAAAUAAAUCUAGUCGUAAUUUUUAUUUCGCAAACUAUUCCCUGGCAUUUUAUGACCUUGGUUGUCGUUUUUGGAAUCACACAACAUCGGAAUGGUCAAGCUCAGGCUGUAAAAUGAUUAGCAAUUCAAACCACAAUGAUGGUAUUUAUUGCCAAUGCAAUCAUUUAACGUUUUUUGCCGGUCGAUUUGAUGUAACACCGAAUAUAUUGGACUUUACUAAAAUCCAACAUUGGUUUGCCAAUAUUCAUAACAACCCUUAUAUAAUUAUUGUAUUAGCAUGCCUAUAUGUAAUUUUUAUCGUAAUUAGUGUAUGGGCAUGGCGUCAAGAUAAGAAGAAUGCAGUUAAAUUCAGUAACACUGUCCUGAUUGACAAUCGACCCGACGAUUUAUAUCACUAUGAGAUUACAGUAUUUACUGGCCUUCGUGUUGGCUCUGGCACCACAGCCAAUGUAUCUUUAAUUAUAUCAGGAGAAAAUCAAGACACAAGUCCACGAUUACUGAAAGACUUUAAUCGGCCACUUUUACAAACAAGAGAUAUUGAUACCAUGAUAUUAACAUGUUCUCAAGACCUAGGAUCUAUUAAUUAUAUUCGACUCUAUCAUGAUAAUUCUGGUCUAUCUCCGUCCUGGUUUUUAAGCCGUAUUAUCAUUAAAGAUUUGCAAACUAAUGAACAAUAUUGUUUUAUAUGCAAUAAAUGGCUAGCUGUCGAUGCCGAAGAUGGUCUCAUUGAUCGUACGCUAUAUCCAGCUACUACUGAGGAAUUACGUGAUUUCAUGCAAUCAUUUAUGUCUAAAGCAGCCAUCAGUUUAAGUGAUAAUCAUAUAUGGCUAUCCAUUGUAACUAGACCAGUUAAAAGCCAUUUUACACGACUCCAACGUGUUGGAUGUUGUUUUGCAAUCUUAUUACUUUCUAUGUUAACUAAUGCCAUGUUCUAUCGAAAUGAUAUUGAAACACAAGAUAGUGCUGGUACUAUUUUUAUUGGAAAGAUUAUUACUUGGGAUGGUUUAGUUCGAGGUUUAAUAUCUGGCGCUAUCGUUUUUUUGCCUUCAUUUAUGAUGGUCCAAUUUUUUCGAUUAAGUCGUCCAAAGCCAACUAAACAAGGAAAUAGCAAUCAUCUAGAGCAACAAAAUAAACCCGCACGUCCUAUAGUGAGAAAAGAAUCCACGAAAGUGAAAUUAAUUCGCUGUAGAACCGGUGAACAAUCGGAUCAGUCGUGUAAUAAGCUGCAAUCUUUCGACGAUUCUGAAGAAAAAGGCUGUUUCAAAUUAGAUAUUUCUUUGCCCUGGUGGUGUCUCUAUCUAGGUUGGGGAUUGAUCGUUAUAUCUUGCGGCGUUGGAACUGCUUUUACAUUAUUCUAUGGGCUCUCAUUUGGAUCAGAAUUAUGUUUACAAUGGUUAGCAUCGCUGACAAUUUCCAUCUUGCAAUCUAUUUUGAUAUUACAACCGAUAAAAGUCGUUGUAGUAGCAUUUAUAUUUGCUUUAAUAGUUCGCCGACCUGAUCUUGGUGUCGAUAUUAAUAAAAUGGAAGAUAACAUGGAUGAUACAAUGUCUACUGCUAUUAAUGUUAAAGAUAUUCAUCCUGAUGCUCAGCGAUAUACAUCAUCUAAGUUUCUACCUCUUGAGGUAUCCAAAGUCAAUGCGGCAAGAAGCUUAAGACUCAAGCAACGAAAAAUGCAAUCAAUCUUUCGAGAAAUUUUAGGCUAUGUAGUUUUUCUUACUGUUACAAUUUUAAUUUGUUAUGGAAAUCGUGAUUCCAAUGCUUAUUAUCAAACUAAAUCGCUCAAUGACAUUUUCGCUAACGGUUAUUAUAAUUCUAAUACUUCAAAAAUUGGAUCGCCACUGAAAGGAUUUGCUAAAAUUGCCACAAUUAACGAAUUUUGGAGGUGGACUAAUCAAGUCUUCUUGCCUGGGUUAUAUGUUGGAACUUGGUACAACGGGCAGUCAUCGAAUCUACAGGGUUUCUUAGCUAAUAGACAAUCUUACCUUGUAGGUGUUGCAAGAGUACGGAUGUUAAGAAUGAAUACAGGAGAUAAUUGUCUAAUUAAUCCAGUUUUUAACAACACUAUCCUCAAAUGUGCUGGAUCCUACUUCUAUGGUUCUGAAAAUAGAAAUAAUUAUACUGUGGGUUGGAAAUCCAUUAGCCAUAGUCCUCAACAAAAUCCAUGGCAUUUUCAAACGUCCUCCAUGACUGGUUCAUAUCCAUAUUGGGGCCAAUAUCAUAUCUAUUAUGGUGGUGGUUAUGUUGUUGAGCUAAGCCGUAAUGAAAGCCAAAGUCAGCUAACAUUAAAUCAAUUGCAACAACAAGGUUGGAUUGAUCAUCAAACUAGAGCAAUCCUUAUCGAAUUUACAAUAUUUAAUGCGCAAGUUAAUCUAUUCUCUGUAGUAACCUUAUUAGCGGAAUUUCCAGCAACAGGUGGCAUUAUGCCAUUUGUAGAAAUUCAGACAAUUCGCUUAUUUCGUGAUCAUUACUCAGCUGGCAUGUUAGUGAUUGUGUGUGAAAUUAUAUUUGUCUCAUUUAUUGCCUAUUAUAUCUAUCGAGAAUUAAGUAAAUUAAAGCGUUUGUCAUUACGCUAUUUUAGCGGGUUUUGGAAUAUUAUUGAAUUUACCAUCAUCUCUUUGGCUGUUGCCGCCGUCAGUAUUUAUUUCUUCCGAUUACAAGUGACUAGAAAUGCAUUAGCUCAAUGUCGCAGUCAAAGUCGUCAUUUUAUUAAUUUUCAUUACGUCGCGACAUGGGAUAAUCUAUAUAUUCAUUUAUUUGCAUUUUUAAUCUUUUUCGGUACUAUAAAAUUAAUACGAUUACUGCGUUUUAAUCGUACCAUUGCUAUAUUAUCCAUAACAUUACGAAGUGCUGCUAAGGAAAUUCUCAUGUUUUUAGUUGUCUUUACUGUGAUAUUCUUAACGUUUGCUCAAUUUGCUUAUUUGAUUUAUGGUAGAACAAUUAAUAGUUAUAAUACAUUUAUAAAAACAUUAGAAAGCCAAUUCAACAUGAUGAUUGGCCGUUUCUAUGCUAAAAUUAUGUAUUCAUCAUUGCGUGAUGUAUCACCCUUGUAUUUCUUCUGUUAUACCUUCUUAGUAUCUUGGGUUUUAAUUAAUAUGUUUUUAACAUUAAUUAUAAAAUCAUUCGAAAAAGUGAAAUCUUGCUGUAACCAAAUUAAUCAAGAUUUGGAAAUGGCUGAUUACAUGAAGGAAAGAUUUAAAUCUCUAGUCGGUAAAAAAAGUUUCAAAACCACCGAUCAUUCAGAUCACCCUUGCGCUUUAUCACAACAACAGCUUCAUCGAAGGUAUACAAUAGUACAGAAUCAAUUGGAUGAUAUACUUGUUUGCGUUAAUCGAAUCAAUGCUAAGAGAAAAUAA